AUGAAUACAAAAUUCAAUCAAGCUGAAUAUCAACUUAAUAGUUUAAUACCAAUGUUACUUGAAAGGACUCAUAUGACGUGUUUACAUAUUGAUAAAAAUGAAAAGUUGAGUUCAUCAUUGAUUACUUUGUUGACACAAGAAAAUUAUCAAGGGCAUACAAUUAGUCUUAAGCCUCGUAGCUUUUAUCAAUUAGAACAAAAUGAAAACUAUUUGAUAUCAUUUGAUCAAUUUGAACUGCUACCAACCAUUCAAAAUCGUCUAAGAGAAGAACUUAUUAGCACCACUAUGACUUGGCUUAGUUGGAUGCCAUAUCUACGAUCAGUGAAUGUCGAUACACAAAUGCUAUUGAAACUUGUGCCAACAAUAAAUCUUAAUGGUACAAUCAAUCGAUUUUCAUCUCUUCAAGAACUUAUUGUACGUCAGCUAGAUGAUAUUCCUCUAAAUGAAGAUACUUUAACUGUGAUUGUUCGAUUGGGUGUGUCAUCCUCAUUGCGUAACAUUCAUAUUAAACAGUACAAAGUAUUGAAUUCUCAAUCAAUCGAUGACAAUAAUUUUCUUGCCAAUGUUUGUCAAAUUUGUUGUAACAUGCAUAAAUUAGAAACAAUGACAAUUGAAUUUGCAAAUCCACAUUCAUUAUUUGAUAGCAAAAUAUUAGAAGAACUUGCUGGUAUUGAAAAGAAAAAUUGUCAAUUUGAAUGUAUCUAUGUUUCUGAUAAUAUUAUUCAAUUUUGGCUUGAAAAAUAG